AAACAGUAAGGUAAUGCAGACAAGUAGAGUAAUAUUUCUUAAAUUAACACUGAUCUUAAUGAUCAUUCCUGAAUUAAACAUGGCAGGAGCUGUUAAGAUACGGAAGCUCGAUAUUGUAAAUGCAACAAGGAAACAUAGUGCUACUUUGUUCUUCUUUCAUGGUUCAGGAUCUUCUGGGGAUGAUACGAAACAAUGGAUCGACAUAUUGCUCAAGGAUGAGUUAAAGUUUCCACACAUAAAAAUUGUUUACCCAACUGCACCGGCUCAACCUUAUACACCCCUUCAUGGAGUGCUUAGCAAUGUGUGGUUCGAUCGCAAGAGUAUAGAUAUAAAUGCAGCUGAGCAAUUAGAAUCUAUUGAUCUGAUGUGUAAAAAUGUAGUGGAAUUGAUGGAUGCAGAAGUUUCCAAAGGAAUCCCUUAUGAAAAUAUUGCAGUUUCUGGUUUCUCCAUGGGCGGUGCAUUGUCAAUGUAUUUAGCAUACAAAUAUAAAACAUCUAUAGCUGGUUGCGCCGCCAUGUCCAGCUUCCUUAACAGAAACUCAACAGUAUACGAGUAUUUAAAAGCAAAUCCAGGAAGAACACCACCCCUCUUACAAUAUCAUGGCACGAGAGAUGCAUUGGUAUCGGUACAAUGGGGAGAAGAAUCUUAUAACAAUUUAACAAAGCUUGGUGUCAAAGGUCAGUUCAGACUAUUGGAUGGUCGGCACCACGAAUUAACAGCAUUCGAACUAAAAUCGUUUAAAAACUGGAUUUUAGACAUUUUGCCAGAAAAAUAAGAUGUCUAUUUAUGUGUACAUAUGUAGUAAUAAGAAAUUUUGUAUACUUGUUUUUUUGAUCAGAAAGAGUGAUUAACAUCAUAAAUAAAUCGUACCUUUUUAUACUUCCUUUCA